AUGGAAAAUAGAAACCAAACAUCUACUCCAGAAUUCCUUCUUCUGAGACUGACAGAUGAUUCAGAACUGCAGCCUGCCCUCAUCAGCCUGUUCCUUUUCAUGUGCCUUGUCACUAUCUUGGGAAACAUGCUAAUAAUCCUGACUUUCAGCUGUUCGAACCCCCGACACUUACAUCUCCACACUCCUGUGUACCUUUUACUCUCCAACCUGUCCUUAAAUGACAUCUUUUUAAGCACAAGCGUGAUCCCAAAGAUGCUAGUGAACAUCCAAGAAAAUAGUCCCAGCAUCACUUACAGAGGCUGCCUUACCCAAAUGAGCUUUGUGUUAAUUUUUGGAGGAUUAGAAAACUGCCUCCUUGCAGUAAUGGCCUGUGACCGCUAUAUGGCUAGUUGUCAUCCCCUAAGGUACACAGUCAUCAUGAACCCCUGUUUCUGUGUCCUGCUAAUUCUACUGUCUCUGCUCAUUAGUGUUGUGGAUUCCCUGGUGCACAGUCCAAUGGUGCUGCAGUUGUCCUUUUGCACUCACCUGACUAUUCUAAGCUUCUUCUGUGAACUUCCUCAGAUUCUCAAGCUGGCAUGCUUGGACACCCUCAUUGAUAACAUUCUGAUAUAUGUUUCAUCCUGUGUAUUUGUUGUUAUUCCUCUCUCUGGGAUGAUUUUUUCUUAUGCCCACAUUGUGUCUUCUAUCUUAAGAAUGUCAUCAUCAGAAGGAAAGUACAAAGCCUUUUCUACCUGUGGGUCUCACCUGUCAGUGGUGUUCUUGUUCUAUGGGACAGGUUUUCAUGUGUACAUUUCCUCUGCCAUCACAAACGUAUCAAAGAAAACUGCAGCAGCUUCAGUGAUGUGGUCCCUCAAAUGCUGA